CACCCCGGAGCCUCGGGGACCGGGGACGAAGGGAGGAGGGACGGCGGCUGCGGCAGCCGCGGCAGGCCGGGGAAUUGAAAGGACUGUAGGGGGAGGCAGCGCGAGCCGCCCCGACUGCUCCUCCUCUUCCUCCCCCUCCUCCUCCUCCAAACUCGCAGGGCUUAGCCCCAGCGCUCGCUCAGCCGCCGCGAGCACCCGGAGGCACGGGAACCGGCCGCACGGCCCGGUGCUGGGCAGGGUCGCAGCCGCCAUGGAUAGCGACGACGAGAUGGUGGAGGAAGCCGUGGAAGGGCACCUGGACGAUGAUGGAUUACCACACGGGUUCUGUACCGUCACCUACUCCUCCACAGACAGAUUUGAGGGCAACUUCGUGCAUGGAGAAAAGAAUGGACGCGGGAAGUUCUUCUUCUUUGAUGGCAGCACCCUGGAGGGAUUUUAUGUGGACGAUGCCCUGCAGGGCCAGGGUGUUUACACCUAUGAGGAUGGAGGUGUCCUCCAAGGCACAUAUGUGGACGGCGAGCUGAACGGACCAGCCCAGGAGUAUGAUACCGACGGGAGGCUGAUCUUCAAGGGCCAGUACAAAGACAACAUUCGACAUGGAGUGUGUUGGAUCCAUUACCCAGACGGAGGUAGCCUCGUCGGGGAAGUCAACGAAGACGGAGAGAUGACUGGAGAGAAGAUAGCCUACGUCUACCCUGACCAGAGGACCGCGCUCUAUGGAAAGUUCAUCGAUGGAGAGAUGAUUGAAGGGAAACUGGCCAUCCUCACGGCCACCGAAGAAGGGAGGCCACACUUUGAACUGACGUCUGGAAGUUCCGUGUACCACUUUGAUAAAUCGACUUCCUCCUGCAUCUCUAGUGAUGCCCUCCUUCCAGACCCUUAUGAGUCCGAGAGAGUUUAUGUUGCCGACUCUCUCAUCUCCAGUGCCGGAGAAGGACUAUUUUCCAAGGUAGCAGUAGGACCCAAUACUGUUAUGUCUUUUUAUAAUGGAGUCCGGGUUACACACCAAGAGGUUGACAGCAGGGAUUGGGCCCUCAACGGGAACACUCUGUCCCUGGACGAGGAAACCGUCAUUGACGUGCCUGAGCCCUACAACCGUGUAUCCAAGUACUGUGCCUCCCUGGGACACAAGGCGAACCACUCCUUCACUCCAAACUGCAUCUAUGACAUGUUUGUCCACCCCCGUUUCGGGCCCAUCAAGUGCAUCCGCACCCUGCGAGCUGUGGAAGCUGAGGAAGAGCUGACCGUGGCCUAUGGCUAUGACCACAGCCCCCCUGGGAAGAGCGGGCCCGAAGCCCCUGAGUGGUACCAGGUGGAGCUGAAGGCCUUCCAGGCCACCCAGCAAAAGUGAAAGACCUGGCCCUGGGGUCCGGAGACCUGGAAUAGAAACUUGGAUCUAUGCACUACAUUUAUCUGACAACGGGACAACCAGGGACUGUUCAUGCUGUGACAUCACAUCCUCUCACCCUGCGUUAGCAACGACUUUCUCGCAUACUAACUAGGUUUGACUGUAUUACUCAUACCAGAUUUAAAAUUAGCUAGCCUUGCAGUAACGCCCCACUGAGAGGUACUGUCGAACUGUAGACAGCAUGAUGUUCUUUGAUGGUUGAAGUCUAAAUCUGGACCACGUUCAGAGAUACCAAAUGAUUGGGUUGAAAAAGGGAACUGGGAUUCUUCAGUCAUUUUUCUGUCAGUGGUUUUUUUCCAUGAUGUUUUUUUCUAUGGCCAUUGCAAAUGGUGUUCGAUCACCCUUGCAUGUUGCCAUCUGCGGGGCAGGAAGUGAUUACAACUUUAUAUAAAUGUAGGGUCAUUUAUUUGCCUUUUAACCUUUGAUCUGUAUCUUGCAAUAGAAUGGCUUUGUUUCUGUUGUUACUCCCUAGUGAACCGAAGCCCAGUCUUCUGAGUCUUUUCUCUAGCCUCACUUCUUAUCUUAGCUAUCCUUUACAAGAGAAAGCUUCCAAAUGGAUUUUGCAUUCAUAGCAGUGUCCAGGUCUCUCUGGUUCUUUCUCUAUCAUUUCAUUCUUAUGUCCUGAUAUAAAGUACUGGCUCAUAGGGCCAGACUGUUACUAUAGACUUAUUAUUCUCGCAUGUAAACAAAGAUACCUUUGCUUUCAGAUGUGAGAAGAAAUGAACUUGCUCUGUUUGCAUUAAGUUACAAGAGAGUUGUAAGAUACACUUUCCGGAAGAAGAGAGGAACAUUAAUAUUUCUAAGCAGUCAUUGUGGCAAUUUUGCAGUAUAUCCAGUAGUGCUGGCAAUUUUUUCUCCUCGGGUACACACUAAUUGUACAUAACCUAGUGCAGUCUGGCUUGUGACACAGCUCACUGAAUUCGAAAUACAAUAGCCAACCUGCAUUCCAACCCAGAAUGCAGAGUUCUCUUUGAAACCAGUGCCAGGAGACAGACACGCUGAUCACUAGGUGCAAGUCAGAUCUGUAGCUAAAGCUUCUCACCACAGUGGUCUCCGAGCACUUAACUGCUUCCACGCUCUGCGAGCCCAGAGUUCACACCUGUGCACUUUCUAUCACUAGCAUAUUGCCACCUCACACAAGCCAUAUGUACUCACAACUGCAGAAAUACAGAGGAAAACCCAUUGUUUUAGUUUAGCACAUUAGAUCUGUAACAUAACUGGAUUGCUCUGAAUGAAUGCUGAGUUGGGGGGGGACACCCUCCCCCAAGGCGUCACUCUGUCACAAGGAAACCUGGGAACCACAGUUGCUGAAGUCUGCAGCUGUCCACAGUGCCGCGUGUGUGGCCUGCUUGGUUUGGGCUUUUGAGGGAGCUCGGAAUGCAUAGAGAUGCGUGCUGGGAGUGAGUGGGAUUGGAGGGAGGAGACAGGUAGAGGGCAGUUGGCUCUUUUUUUUCCCCCUGUCGGUUGCUCUCUUUAACAACAGCUUUCACAAGUGUUCCAUCUGGGGCUCCACACUGUUUGCCCGUCGGCAGCCCCAGAAUGGAAGACUCAGCCCUCAGCUCCGAUAGCCACACCCUGGGCUCUUUUACAAGCUUCCUGGCACACCCAGCUUCAGGCUCUGCACCUAGGUGGCGGUGCUUUCCAGGAGAGCUGGUCACGUCCCUGUUUGAAAGCUUUUAAGAAGAUAGUUCACUCAGGAGAAGCAUCCUUGGAACUUCUGAGGAGGUCUCCUGCAAGGUGACGGAAUCAUUUUUAGACUACAAGUCGCCAGGAUAGGAUUGCUUCUAUUCUGUAGAAAGAGACCACUCAGUAAACUGUGACGGAAGGGUGGGGUCUGUGGAUUUGAAUUCUGAGAGGUGCUUUCAUGUAAAUGUGUCCAAAGAGAGUUAGCUGCCUUGGGGAGAAAGAUGGCUUUCUUCAGCUCCACCAGUCAGGGUUGGAAUCGGUCGAGAGAUGAGGCAGAGGGAGAGAGGGCAGGUCCCGCCUCGGAUGGUGCGCCCCAGGAUUUCACACCUGGAGUUGGAACCUAGUCUUGGUUGCAACGGGGGCUCCCCUUCUAUCCUAAAGGGCUACUCUAGCGAUCUCAUUCAAAUGGAACUCAAAAACAAUUUUGGGGGCUUGAGGGCCAGCAAAAUGGUUUAGCAGGUAAAGAUGCUUGUUGCCGAGCCUAUGACCUGAGUUCAUCUCUAGGACCUCCAUAGCAGGAGAAAACCAACCCCUGAAAGCUGUCCUCUGACCACACACAGUGUGGCAUGUGUUCACCCCCACAUACAAAAAAAAAAAAAUCUUUUUUUUUAAUGUAUAAAUAUAAAGGGAUGGAGGGACGGUGGCUGGGGAGCUAGCUAAUCUGCGUUUCACAUUCCACACUGGAGGAAGGCGGUCUGGGCUUGCAGCCCAGCGCUGUGUACGUGACCCUUAGACAAAUCCCAGGAAGCAAUCCACGCAGCUGAGCUGCUCGGUCUUCCCUCUUCCUGUGUGUGUCCUGUGUCUUUCUCCCUUUUCCUUCUGCUGUGUGAGAAGCCUUGGUGUGUGAGCAGAACGGCAGCCCAGCUCUUUGCUCCGUCUCUUUAUGUCUAGAGUUCCUCUCCUCUCACACUGUGUGCUUUUCCCUGAGUGACCUGGUCCUGUCAUCCUGUCUCCCACUCCCCGAGAUAUCCAGCGUUGUCACAGGCUGCAGCUCUUAGAGGGACCAGAGGGUCACUGGAGAGGUAGAGGAGUCAGCAGGGUAAAGGUUGCAUAGAGAAUUCACUGCUUAGGGGGAGCUGAGGUUUGUUCCUAGUUUGACCCAAAGUGGAAAAGCACCUUCUACUUACUUCCCAUCUGCUGUAGUAGGAAAUAAGAAGCAGAUAAAUCUGGUCUUCCAUCAGGAUCAAAAUCACAAGCGGACAUGAUUGAGACUCUACGUGGUAGGGGGAAAAGAUUUAACCUUCCGCUGUCUUCCAAACAGUCGGAGCCUUGCACUGACUGACGCCAUGGUCUCGGAGGGGAUUCAUUCAGAGCUGUCUCGGUUCAACCCUGCAUGACUUGACCCAUCAUUAGCAACUUUUCUAUGACGAACUAUUACCUUGUUGUGUUAGACUUAGGAAUAGGAACUAAUCUACAGAGCAUGUCCCCUAGGGGGCAUUUGUUUGAACUAACAAAAGCGAAUGUAAGGACUGAAUUUAGGAUGCAAAAGAAUGAGAUGAGGCUAGAAAGUAACAGGCAGGGAGGACUUGAGUUUCUUAGUACCUAUUCUUGUUUUAACCCGCUUGAUCCCAGAGGAAAUUCUUUGUCAAGACCUCUUUGAACCUGACUGGGACUAGAGUUCAGCUUCAUUACCCUUUGGGGUUCAUCACACUUGAAAAACGAUUUCCUUACCACCACCACCCUGACACACACACACACACACACACACACACACACACACACACACACACUGUCAAGGCCAUGUAACCAUUUAUAACAUUUAAUUGUGACAAUUAAAAUUGCAUUGAGCUGGGGAUAUAGCUCAGUGGUCCAACAUUUGCCUAAAAACUAUGGAGGCCCUGGAUUACACCCCUAAUACUGGGGGGAGUCAAUUAUGAACACUGAAUUAAAAGUUUGUCUUAGUGAGACAGUAUGUGGCACUUUUAUUAAUCUUCACUUAAUAGAUUUUUU